GAGGGGGGUGCAUGUGCGGGAGGAGCCGCCGCACGUUAUUGACGACCAUUGCCCGCACUAACGACACUGGCCGGGCCGGGCCUAUCAAGUGACAGGUCGGACCGGUCUGAGGUCGCAUUGAGGCUAACCUUGCGAGACUCUCCAGCUCUUCCACAUACACUUUGACAACCGUGCGGGCCAUGGCAGAUCCGAUAGCAGAGCUCAUUGCCACCUACCAUGAGCUCAACUCUAAUGUCGUCCAAGAGCUCACAGAAGAGCCGAGCCCGCUCGAGUUCAUGCGCCAUGUAGCACGCAACACACCCUUCGUCGUGCGGCAGGGCGCGAGCAGUUGGCCCGCCGUAAAACAGUGGUCUGCAGCCUACCUCCGUGAAGCACUGGCAGGCCAUCCCGUCAAUGUCGCCGUCACCCCGUGCGGCAACGCCGAUGCACCUACAGUGCUCGUCGGCGAAGAUGGGAAGGACAGGCUGGUAUUUGCAAAACCUCUGGAGGAGACUCAACCGUUUGAACAGCUCCUCGACUAUGUAGCGGGGCAGCAGCUGGACCCGGAGAAUGUCGAAUUUGACGAGAUCCGAUAUGCACAGACUCAGAACGACAACCUUCGCCACGAGUAUGUCUCCCUCUUUUCUCAAGUCCAGCGGGCCGUCCCCUUCGCCCGCAUCGCCCUGCAGAACGACCCAGACGCCAUAAACAUGUGGGUGGGCAAUUCACGAUCUGUGACGGCCAUGCACAAGGACAACUAUGAGAACAUCUAUGUCCAGAUUCGCGGGCAGAAGCACUUUGUCCUGCUUCCGCCACUCUGCCAGCCUUGUGUCAACGAGCAGGAGCUCGUGCCGGCCACAUACGUGCGCGACCAGGCUACAACGACGGGGACAGAGGGUCAGUCUGCAGCCCCGCUGAGACUUGAAGUUGAAGAAGACGGGGACAAGGUGCCAUUCGCGAUAUGGGACCCAGAUCAGCCGGCGGACCACGCCACUACUUAUUCUGGGCUCGCGGCGCCAAUGAGAGUCACCUUGGACCCGGGGGAUAUGCUGUAUCUGCCUGCAAUGUGGUACCACAAAGUAUCUCAGUCCUGCGCUGAAGAUGGCAUAUGCGUGGCCGUGAAUUACUGGUAUGACAUGGAGUUCAGCGGCCCACAGUACCCGCUUGCCUCGUUUGUGCGUAAUGUAAACCACCAGAGUAUUAGGAGCACAUCUGCGUAACGAGCAAGAGGUCAAAGUUUUUCUUUACUUUGGCCGUGCCUAGACAACGACUCUCCGACCCUUUGAAUGCUAUUGCAGCAAUAUCCCUUCGGUAUUCAGACAUCAUGCAGUGAAUGGAUAGGAGUUCCUUCAAAGGCCCACGACAAAGAUUGUCGAAUAUUCACAUCAUGAGCGAGGCUUCCACAUUUCCGUCCGAGGAAAAUCUCGAUCGAUUGAAAGCCUUAACCCUCGGGC